CGGCCCCCGGAGCCUGGCCCGCCGUCAGGGGAACCAAUGCGGAAUUUCCUGGCUGGCGGCGGGGCCCCUCCCGCCGCUGCCGAGAGGGGCGCGGGGGAGGCGGCGGCGAAGCGAUCGCACCGCGGCUUCCGCCCGCCGAGCGGCAGCCGGGACCGGCGGGGACCGGGGCGGGCGGGGACCGGGAGCGGCGGAGCCGGGGCGGGGGGACAGCGACCGGCCCCGUAUGGGCUGUGCCGGGUUCGGCCGGGCCCCGCCGCUCCGCCGGUGAUGGAGGCCCGUGCGCUGCGGCCGCCCCGCCGCCCCCGGGCCGGGGCCGCGCUGCUGCCGCUGCUGCCGCUGCUGGUGCUGCUGGUGCUGCCGGUGCUGAGCCGCGGAGCCGCGCAGGAGCUGAGCCCCCGCGGCAGGAACGUCUGCAGGGCCGGCGGCUCCUCAGUGCUUGUGUGCUGCCUAGGAUGGAGGCAACAAGGAAGCGAGUGUUUAAUAGCCGUGUGCGAGGGGAACUUUACCUGCAAGGAGAACGAGGUGUGUGUCAGGCCCAGCGAGUGCCGUUGCCGCCAUGGCUACUUCGGCGCCAACUGCGACACCAAGUGUCCGCGGCAGUUCUGGGGUCCCGACUGCAAAGAGAUGUGCAGCUGCCACCCCAACGGGCAGUGCGAGGACGUGACAGGUCAGUGCACCUGCAACCUCAACCGCUGGGGUCCCAAGUGCGAAAACAUCUGCCUCUGCAAGCAUGGCAAGUGCGACCAGAAGACAGGCAAAUGCACCUGCGAGCCCAACUGGUGGGGCCCGCAGUGCUCCAGCUCCUGCUAUUGCAGCCACAACUCUCAGUGCGACCAGCAGACAGGCAACUGUCUGUGCCAGCCCGGCUGGUGGGGCCGCGGCUGCAACAACCAGUGCUCCUGCAACAACUCGCCCUGCGAGCAGUUCACGGGGCGCUGCCAGUGCCGGGAGCGGACGUUUGGGCCCCGCUGUGACCGCUACUGCCAGUGCUACAAGGGCAAGUGCAACCAGGUGGAUGGGACCUGCACCUGCGAGCCAGGCUACCGGGGCAAGUACUGCCGCGAGCCGUGCCCAGCCGGCUUCUACGGCCAAGGCUGCCGGAGACGGUGUGGGCAGUGCAAGAGCCUGCAGCCGUGCACCGUGGCAGACGGGCGCUGCCUGACCUGUGAGGCGGGCUGGAAUGGCACCAAGUGUGACCAGCCCUGCUCACCUGGCUUCUACGGAGAGGGCUGUGAGAAGCUCUGUCCCCCUUGCAAGGAUGGCCACACCUGCAACCACAUCAAUGGCAAGUGCUCCCACUGCAACCCGGGCUGGAUCGGAGACCGGUGUGAAACCAAGUGCUGGAAUGGGACAUACGGGGACAACUGUGCCUUUGUCUGCAGCGACUGCGUCAACGGCCAGUGCCACUUCGAGACCGGGCGGUGCCUCUGCCACCCUGGCUCCCACGGCACCUACUGUAACCUGACUUGCCCUGCUGGACGCUAUGGAGCCAACUGUGCCGAAGCCUGCAGCUGCCACGACGGCGCCUGCGACCCACUGACAGGCGCCUGUCACAUGGAGGCCAACCAGAGGAUGGGGGUGAUCGGGGCAGGGGCCCUCCUGGCACUGCUGCUCAUCCUCCUGCUCUCUCUGCUCUGCUGCUGCUGUGUCUGCCGCAAGAAGGACGAAGCCUGCAGCUCCAACCAGGACCCAGCAGCAGCCAAGAAACCGCCGAGACGCUUGUGCGGGCGGUUCAGUCGGAUCGGGAUGAAGCUCCCCCGCAUCCCUCUGCGCCGCCAGAAGCUGCCCAAGGUCGUGGUGGCCCACCAUGACCUGGAAAACACCCUGAACUGCAGCUUCAUCGAGCCACCCUCUGUGGUGGACCAGCCUUCCCCAUCCUGGUCAUCCCGUGGCUCCUUCUCCUCCUUCGACACCACAGACGAGGGGCCGGUGUACUGCGUCCCCCAUGAAGAGAGCGUGGGUGACAGCAGGGACAGAGGGACACCUGCCAGCCCCGGGGACAAGCUGGUGGCCCCCACUGGCGGGGAGGAAGCAGGGGAAUACACAUUCCUAAAGGAGACCGGCUCUGUCAGAGCCUUCCCGGCCGACAGCAGUGAGACACCCCUGCUCAAGUCCUCGGACAGCGAGCGCUCCUCCUGCGGCUCUGGCUCGGCCGGCGCCGCUCUCUACGCUCGGGUCGCCCGCCUCUCCAAGCAGUCCAGGGAGGAGGAAGAUGCCACUGCAGAGCCCCGCAGCCCCGGGAAGCCACCAUCCCCAGAAAGGACCAAGCCCCGUCCCCCAGACCCAGCCACUAAGCCCAAAGUCUCCUGGAUCCACAGCAGGUACAACUCUGGCCAGUCCAACUCGCUGCCAGCACCCAGCCAAUCCCCAGACAGAGCAGCUGCCCAUUCCAGCAGCCCUGAGCAAGGACAGGGCUUGGCCAAGAGGAAGAGGAGCCCGAGCGAGACAUCAGCCAGUGUGCAGGGCAGAGUGGAGGAGAAGGGCAGCAUGCGGGGCAAGGAGAAAGCACAGAAGCAACCGAAGGAGCCUGGUGUCCCUGAGGGCAAAGCCAACCUCACCGGGGAGCCCCAAUCACCCUCCAAGCCCAAGCAGAGGAGCAAAGCCAGCUCAGAGCCGAUGGAGAGCAUCAAUGGGGCAGUGCAGAAUGCCUUCCGAAAGAUGGGCACCUUCCAGCCGGAGCGGCGGGUCGGAGACUCCAAGGAUGCUCCUUGCAGCCCUGGCACCAGCAAAUCCCGCUCUGAGCCACUGCAUCCCCAGCUGGCCUCCGAGCUGGCUGCCCAGCUGAAGGAAAAGACUCAGAGCCUCAACAAGGGGGACGGAGGCACUCGGGUGAAUGGGGUGGGCACUCAGCGGGAGAAGCCCACCCCUCCACAGAAAGCCAAGCGCUCAGCAGCCGCCAGCGGCCAGAAGACCAGCAAACCCUUGCUGCCCACCUCUCCCCACCUGCAAAAACUGAUCCCUGGGGCGGCUGAGCCGGCAGCCGGGGAGCCUAAGUGGGUGGAGAAGCCAAGUGCUGACAGUGGCCAGGAUCAGGUUCUUCCCAGCGAGCAGGCAGCCAAGAAAACCCCCAUUAAGAAGCCUCCCAGGAAGAAGAGCCGAGAAGCCAGCCUGGAGCCAUCCAGGGCAGCUGCUGUGCCCGCCCAGGCAGUACAGUGACCAGGAGCCAGGCACCAGCCCCACACUGCCUGGCCACACACCGGGAAGAAGGACAUUGCCAGCACAACCAGUGGAUGGGAGAGCCUGGACUGGGCAGGGGGCACUGGAAGAGCCUUGAGCCUCCAUUUAUCCCCCUGGGCCACUCAUCCUCCUUUUUCCUUUAGUCACCCCUGCCCUAUGACCUGGUCCCUCCAUCCAUGCCCUGCUCCUGCUCCCUGCCUGGGUCUGGCAGCUCGCCCUCCCUCCCCACGCAAGGCAGGACCACAGGGAGCCGGCCCGGCCGCCACCCCAGGGGGGUCCGUGCGUGGCAUAUCCCCCCUCUAUUUUGUAGCAGUAUUAUUGAUUGCAUAAGCAGCGCUUGUUGUACUAGACGUGCCCACGGUAUAUUCUGCAGUAAUGGAGCCGCUCGCUUCCUGCAUCCCACUCUGGUCUGUUGGGCUUGCAGAGCACCGGAGAGCUCCUCUCACUGAGCUGCUGUUCAGUGCCCAGGGCAGUGCCAGGCAUGGCCCACAACCAUCCUUGGCAGCACACCCCCUGCCCCAGUGCCCUGGGCUCCAGGCACAGCUCUCCAUUGCCGGUCCUGCCGCAGAUGCGCUGUGCCGGCCUGGGGUCGAGCUGGUUUCGACUGAUGCCACCCUUCCUCUGCCCUGGGGCUGCUCCUGUCCAGGAGGAAGCGCUAUUUAUGGACGGAGCUGGACACCCUUCGGGCUCCCGCAUCCCAUCCAGCAGAGUUGGAGGGAUUAGUUUGGUACGAGAGAGCCUGGCACCUCUGCAGAGCGCUUUCCUAAUAAAAGUGUAUUUCUUCCAUA